AUGGAUAUGUUUCGUCAACAUCGCUCUAAAAACGUCUACUACCACCCCCCUCUCCCACCCCCACCCCCUGCUAAACCUCCAGUCCCUGAUGCAACCGAAAACCGGACCUAUCUGCUCACGGAGAUCCAACAGGGCCUCGCACAGAAGAAGAUUGCUCAAUGCCAACUCGAGUUUCUAGAUGUCGGUUCCAUGAACGAAAAUGACCCCAACGAUAUAAAUCGAUAUAACCAUGCCAUUCUCCGACUCACAUUCGCACAUCAGUUACAAGACGAUACCCCAUAUGCACAGAUUGGCACCAGGGGAGUUAUCCUAGACUUACGAGAUGACUCUGAGGACGACGCAAAUAUCUCCAAUUUGAUUAUUAAAACCUUCUGGUACGAGGGCCCGCAUAAGGAUGCCCUCCACUGGGUAAACUUACCCAUGUACAGUGGUAAGACUCUCCGAGAUUGUCUGAAUAUCAUUCGAAACUCUGGCUCAACACCCUGUUAUUUGGAUUACAGCAAUGACAACUUGGUUGGCUGUAGAGAUUUUGUGUCGCAAUUGAUUUACCAUCUGGAUCGUAACCGAUUCUUGAAACUUCUAGCUGACGCCAACUCUGCGAUCUACGACAGUUUCAAUAGCAAAUACAGGUCGGGUGGAAAUGCUCCCGUUCCCGCUAACGUGGAUUAUGCUCUCUUCCGACGGACGUACAAUCAUGUGAACAUUAAUGCGAUCAAUUACACUGGCAUUCGCCAGUUCAUCGUUUAA